AUGGAUCACUUGUCGGCGACGACGAGUGAUCGUUAUCGAGCACGGUUGCUCGAUUCGUCAAGGAUCCAUCACCUUGACCCCAGCGCGAAAAACUAUCGCGCUGAGUAUGAUUUCUUCAUCGAUGCUUUCUUCAGACAUCGAUGGUACAGUGGGAAUCACAAGCGUGAUGGUCCCUCGCUGCUUCAAGCGUGGAACGCCUACAUCCAUAACCUUGAGGAUGUAGGUCGUGACGCUUGGAACGGCAAACUUAUCAAAGCUCGUGAUAAGUCUGAAAAGCGAACCCCGACAGGUGCACGCUACAAGCUGCAUCGUCUGUCAAGGGAGAAAGGAUUACCCUGUCUCUCCUGGGGAGACUCGUGCCCAUGUUGUGUAAACAACUCUGGGCGCGCACCUAAGGAGGCUUACCUCCUUACUAGCCCGUGGUGGCGCGUACGUAUCUCUAGUGAUACGUACGAAGGGAGUGACAACCUGAAAUCCCUUUACGACCGUGCCGGGAAGACUUUCUCCGGCGGUCCUUCUGCGGCACAGGAUGUGCCGCGUCGUACUGCUCAACCAGACCCAGUACGUCAAUCAUCAGUUGGGAGCGGGGCUCCCAAGUAUCCCAGGACGGAGGAUAUCCGCGCCACCGGACGAGACAACUCGUCCGACGUCCGUUUAUAUCGCGGUGGUUCAACAGCUGCUCAACCAGAUAGCGCUGGCCACCGCGAGAGUCCUCUAACGGAGGUGGAGGAGGAGGAAAGACGAUCUCCACACUGUCGUGGGGAUCCGUGUGUUCCCGAGAGCUUCUUUGAUCGCGUAACGCAAGGGUUACGCGGCGAUCUCGAACAUGAGCGGGACAGGCGUCUUCAACUGGCGGACACUGUCUUGAGGCAUCGAGCUGAGUUUGCGUUUGCUCAUCUUGAGAACGAGAGAGCUCUGGCAUCUCUGCGUGAUGAGCUAAGGGUAGCUCGUGGGGAUAUUGAUCGGUCUCGGGCUGAGAUAACUGCUCUUCAGACCCUUGUCGAUGGCCACCAUCGGGAGCACAAGGCUCUCUGCGAGAUGCUUGAGCGCAAGGGCGUUCUUCAUCGGAAGAAGCAGCGUAAUGAUGGUACGGUUUAA